UGUCACACACACGUCAUGAGUGUGACAGUGACCUUGAUGGACCCUGCUGAAACUCAGGGCAGAGGGACGCUCACAGUCCGAUCUCCAGAUACAGAUAGCAACAUUCAUGUGGAAAAGAAACACAGCAGCAAUUGGGAAACACACCCUGUAAUCCAGAGUUUUAAUUCUUAUGCUGUGCUUCCUGCCCGCUGCUACUCUCAUGGGUCACAAGAAUCAGAUGAAGAAUUCGAUGCUCGCUGGGUGACAUAUUUCAAUAAGCCAGAUAUUGAUGCCUGGGAGCUCAGGAAAGGCAUAAACACACUGGUGGGUUAUGACCUGGUCCCGGAGCCCAAAAUCAUCGACGCGGCUCUCAGGGCCUGCAGACGGUUAAACGACUUUGCCAGCGCUGUCCGCAUCCUAGAAGUUGUAAAGGACAAGGCAGGACCCCACAAGGAAAUCUAUCCUUACGUUAUCCAGGAGCUUAGACCAACUUUGAGUGAACUUGGAAUUUCCACUCCAGAGGAACUGGGCCUGGACAAAGCAUAAGCCUUGUUGGUGCAUUACUCAAGUGUUUUACUGAUGUUACCUGAUUGUACACGGUCACCUGGAGAGACAAACAUUAAAUCUGACCUGAAAUAACUUCUUCCUUUAUUGAGUCACAAUGGAAAUGCUGUGGAACUGGGCCUAAUAAAGGAAAAACUGGUUUGACUGA